GCAGGCUGCAGCCAGAUGAACCGCAGCAGGAGGGUCCAGUCCGCUCCUCACUCUCCAUGUUGAAAACGGAGCAACUUCUCCUCCAGCAGAGUAGACUCCCACCUUUACUGUUCCCCCCACACAGCUCUGUGCUAUGACGCCGGACUGGGAAAGAAGCUGUGAAACAACUGUAUGAGAGCUACCUUGGUCGACACAGAGUGAGGCAGGCUACUCCAACAAAGGCUUCUGGAUGUGGUGUCUCCUGCGGCUCAGGUGAAAGAGGACAAGCAGGUUGUCAGGAUGAAGGAGGAAAGUUUGUUCCAACGGAGGUUUUCUCUGGGCCCCAAUGCCACUUCCCCACCCAAAAUUGACCCCCGCUCCCUCACCCGGAACUUGUCCUAUGGAGGAGACAACGACCUCUACAGCCUCAGCCCAGGCAGUGAGACAGACAGGAACGGUCUCUCCAUGCUGAGUAAUGAACUUAGUCCUGCCCAAUCACCAGGCAGCAAGUCUGAGUCAAGGAUGUUUAAUGGGCUUGAGAAGGACUGCCCCUCCCCUACAGAGAAGCUGGCCCGGAAAGAGUCUCUAAAGGUCCAAAAGCAGAAUUACAGGCAAGAGAAGAAACGGGCAACUAAAGAGCUGUUUAGCGCAUUAAAGGACCCCAGUGUUGUCAUCAUGUCCAACUGGCUAAAGAUCCGUGGCUCUCUAAAGAGUUGGACCAAGCUGUGGUGUGCCCUCAAGCCUGGAGUUCUUUUGAUUUACAAGACCCCCAAAGCAGACCACUGGGUGGGCACCAUCCUGCUCAGCGCAUGCAAGCUGAUCGAGAGACCCUCCAAGAAGGAUGGCUUCUGCUUCAAGCUCUAUCACCCACUGGACAAAUCCAUCUGGGCUGUCAAGGGUCCCAAAGGAGAGAAUGUUGGUUCCAUCACGCAGCCUCUACCCAGCAACUACCUGAUCUUCAGAGCAAUCUCUGAAUCUGACGGCCGGUGCUGGAUGGAUGCCCUUGAGCUGGCUCUCAGCUGCUCCAGCCUCUACAAGCUGACAGCCAAAGCAGGGAGGGAAGGAGAUAUCAGCACAUCAUCAGAGUCUUCCCAUAUACUCCACCUACUGCAGUCUACCGCACUCACAGACACAGAGCUGCUACAGUUGAAUGACACCGUGCUGCUGGGCAAUCACCACAUGGACCACGAUGGCUUUUCAGACAAGUCGGAGCGUGAGGCUCAUGAUGACUGGGACACCACAGCAAAUGAGAAUGGUGCAAGGUUGACAGAGGAGAGUGACAUGGACCAAUCAGACGAGCUGUCCCCCGGGUCACAGGCCACAGCCUACACAGAGCAGAGUACAGAAGAGAUGGCUGAGGCUGGUGAGGCAUCCCAGGUGGAGACUGUAUCAGAGGAGAACAAGGGUCUGAUCUGGGGCCUGUUGAAGCAGCUUCGGCCAGGCAUGGACCUGUCCAAGGUGGUGCUGCCCACCUUCAUCCUGGAGCCUCGCUCCUUCCUGGACAAACUGUCUGACUACUACUACCACGCUGAUUUCCUCUCACAAGCUGCACUAGAGGAGAGUGCAUAUGGUCGGAUCAAGCAGGUGUUGAGAUGGUACUUGUCUGGCUUCUACAAGAAGCCCAAGGGUCUGAAGAAGCCUUACAACCCAAUCCUAGGAGAGACAUUUCGCUGCUGCUGGCUUCAUCCUCAAAGAGAUAGCUGCACUUUCUACAUAGCUGAACAGGUGUCCCACCAUCCGCCCAUCUCUGCCUUUUAUGUCUGCAAUAGGAAGGAUGGUUUCUCUAUCAGUGGAAGCAUCCUGGCCAAGUCCAAGUUUUAUGGUAACUCUCUGUCAGCUAUUCUGGACGGCAAAGCCAGGCUGCUGUUCUUAGGGAGGGAGGAGGAAUAUGUCAUCACUAUGCCAUAUGCUCACUGCAAAGGUAUCCUGUAUGGCACAAUGACACUAGAGCUGGGUGGGAAGGUUACCAUUGAGUGUGAGAAAACAAAAUGUUUGACAGAGCUGGAGUUUAAACUGAAGCCUUUCCUGGGAGGCUCCUGCUCUGUCAAUCAGAUCAGUGGGAAGAUCUUUGUGGGAGAGGAGCUAAUGGCUACUGUUGAUGGGCACUGGGACAACGAGGUGUUCAUUCACGAGAAGCGUUCAGGCCUUCAGGAGACAUUAUGGAACCCGAGCCCAGAGAUCCGCAGCAGCCGCCUCAAGAGACAAGUGGUCCAGUUAGACCAGCAAGGAGAGUUUGAGUCUGAACGACUGUGGCAGCAUGUGACCAGUGCCAUCAUGGAUCGGGAUCAGAUGAGGGCCACCCAGGAGAAGUUUGUGCUGGAAGAAGCUCAGCGGAAAGAGGCAAAGGAGAGAGGAGACAAAGUCUGGAACUCACGACUUUUCCAUCAGGAUCCUGUGACCUCCGAGUGGACCUACAAGCACAUGGACACGCGGCCGUGGGAUCCUGAGCGCUGUCUGGUUCAGUUUGAAAAGGACGGAGUGAUUCAGACACACGAGAAAACCCAGAGAAGACACAAUGGACUCUCCUACAGUCACAGCUGGGCCAGCCAACAGAAGGCUGAGGUGAAUGGGAAGCACAGGAAGACCAGCAGCCAGCCGUCCAGCUGCAGCCAGAACACCGAAAGCAGCAGCACCACACCAGAACCCACACACGAGUCCUCCGACAAUGAAGGGUUCUCAAACCAGUGUGCGCGGUGCAGUAAAGAGGUGAAAGACAUCGCCCAAAUGGAGGCCUCCAUCACAUCUAUACAGAAGACACAGCAGGAUAUCCAGAGGAACCUGGUGGCUCUGAGUCGUCAGCUGACUCUUCAGAGGACGGCAGAUGAUGGUGUGUCGCUAACAGGCCGUCACUGUCUGAUCCUAUGUGUUCUGCUCCUCUCCCAGUUCCUUCUCAACUACGUCUUCACUUGAGCCCACUCCGCAGGGAGGAGUUUCCCUCCGGCACUGAUCUGGCAUCAGAUCCCUCCAACAAGCACAGACUGUAAUCAGCAGAGGGGGCUGAGACCUCCGAUCAGUGUUAGGCGGGCGACUUUGUCCCAUUUCCUCUGAGAGGGCAGGAGCACGGACAUUAUAGCAAUAAACACAGCCACAGCCACCGCCUGUCAGUCAUCUGCAGAGAGGAACGGCACCCCCUAGUGUAGCCAGACAUAAACAGCACCGGCACCCACGCACUUUGGACAGGGAAGGAGGGACGAGAGAUGAGAAUAGCUAAAAAAAGAUUAGACUAAAAAGAUGAAAUGUAUGAUGAAGAAUGAUUUUGUAAAAAGAAUGACAGAGAGGAUGUUUCACCAUUCCUUAGUGUCUUUUUAUAUUGCCCUGCAAUACUGUUUAUGUGUGUGUGUGUAUGUGUGCGUGUGUGUGUGCGUGUGUGUGUGUUCGUACCUACAGUAGGCCCUAUGGGCGCAGGCAGAUCACCGCUUGGACUUCUCCUACUUCCCUUCCACUCCAGAUUUUGGGCCUUAACGCUGAAGCCAAAAAAAAGGAGGAAAAACAUGACAUAUACAAACUAAGAAGGAAUAUCUUCCAACAGUGCAAUUCUGUGUGUUUUGUAUUAAUGUACACUCAAAUUCACUCUGUCUCGUCUUUAAUGAAGAUGAUUUUACCAAAACAGUAUUUAUAAUCUGAAAGGACAAAGAGUACUUGUUUACAAGAAGCACUGUGUGUGUUUCUAGUGACACAUAGGAAGGAGGGAUCAUGGGAGUGAGGCAGGGCAGAGAGCCAAACAGAGUGUCUUCGUAUUUGUGUGCCUGUUGUGCCGUAAUGGAAGGGAUUAUAGCAUAGCACUGCUUUGGUCUAGACCACGACACUAGUAUGUACAAUCAGUUGCAUAGAAGCAGCGCGUGGAGGAAAGGACAGAGGGAAUGAGUGAAAAUAUAAGGAGAAAAAAAUGUAAUUUUUUGUCUAAUGGAAGGGGUUUGUGUGUGCAUCUUGGUCCACAACAUGUUCACAUGACUGUUUUAAGAUAUAAACACUUAGUAAUUAGUUGUGUUUUUGUUCUUUUAACCAAUUUGUAUAUAUUUGUCUGGAGUACAUUGAUAGCCUGUUUUAAAAAGAGAUUUCAGAAUGUAUUUAUUGGGUGAUUAACCUUGAAUUUCCAAAUCUAUUCAGCUUGGAGGAGGGACACCAGGGGUGACAAUCACUCUCCCAGGGUUUUGUGGGUUCGUCAUCUUUGUGUGUGUGUAUAUGUGUGUAUGUGUGUAUGUGUGUCAGUGUGAGGGAGCACAUUUGUGCAAGAAAGCCAUUAUGGUUGUACAGAGCCAGGUCUGUUAUCGUAGUUCGUACUGGUUUUUAACCCUUGAAUUUCAGUCCAUUGCCAGUACUGAUCUACCUGAUGUGAAAGAAUCUGAGAGCACAAGAAGGAAGUCGACUCUUUGAAUGCUUUCAUUUACACUUAAAUUUGUUUGUUCUUUUCAUAAUUUUCCUGUUUUCUACUCUACUGCCAUGUUGUGGGGAUUCUACAUGCCAGAUAUUUUUGUCAUAUUGAACAUAACUACAGAGAACAUGAUGAUGCCCGAUGUUUUCAUUCAUAUACCUGUUGCAUACUGUAGCACUACAGUAAAACAUUUUA